UACGAACGAUGCAGUGUGGUAGAUUGAGGAAAGCAGUGAGACCAGUGGUUCUGUCUCUAUACAGACAGCCACACCCACUGCCUCUCUCCUCAAGCUGUCUCUACCGACAUGCCAGUAGUUCUACCAAGAGAGCUCACUGGAGCCGGUUCAACAGAGGUGCCAUACUUGGCUCGCUGGGCAGUGUGGCAGGCCUAGCCACUGCCUUUCACUGCUACACCACCAGCACAGUGUAUUGCAGUCACUCCGCCCCCACCUCUUCCCUCCCUCGCCUGACUCUCUAUGAGUAUCCAUCUUGUCCGUUCUGCGGGAAAGUGAGGGCAUUCUGCGACUACAACAACCUCGACUACACGGCAGUCAGCGUCAACCCAGUCUCCAGGAAAGAGAUCCAAUUCUCCAAGAGCAAGAAACUGCCUCUCAUUGUGGUAGACGGUGAAAAGAUCCAGGACUCUAGUCUGGUGGUGAGUGUCCUCCAGACUAGCAUGGAGCGUGGACUCAGUGUGGCAGAGUGCCUCAAGUUCUAUCCUCCGGUGAACGUCACGACAACGGAGGGCGAGAACACCACGGAACGCGGCAACAAGUACUUCAUCAUGUACGGGGAGGAGUCCCAGUCCAGGGGUUUGGGACAACUCAGUUUCUUGUUGGUCAGCAGAGAGGAGAGGGAGUGGAGACAGUGGGUGGACGAUGAGCUGGUCCACACUCUCCCGCCAAACAUCUACCGCAGUCUCUCUGAGGCCAGGCAGACCAUGACGGCCGUCUCUGGCAAGUCCUCCAUGACCAUCUUCCAGAGGUUCGUCGCAAGAAACAUCGGCCCCGUGGCUCUCUACUACAUCGGGAAGAGGAACAUCAAAAAGUACAACCUGAAACCAGAUGCGCGGGAGUCCCUUUAUGAUUGCUGCAAUCAGUGGGUGGAGGCCAUUGGGUGUGACCGACAGUUCAUGGGCGGAGCCACGCCCAACCUUGCCGACCUGGCUGUAUACGGUACGCUGAGUGCCACCGAGGGUCUCGCGACUUUCACAGACAUCCAGACACACACCAAGAUUGGUCCGUGGUACUCCGCCAUGAGAGAAAUCGUCGACACUCCACCCCCCAUGACUUAAUAACUACGUAGUUGCACUUCAAGAUUGAAAAAAUUUUAUUUAAUUGAGAUGGAAAUGAUUGUCAAUCAAUAAUAAGCAGUUAGACUGGAAAUGAAUGGAAAAUGUACAGGAAAUGAAUAGAGAAUGGUAUUUAGAUGUGAGUAGGUCACUCCAUUUGGCUGGCCAGAAUGUCAGCGAUAUCAAGAAGAAGCUCUCGCUUCAAGUUUCUGAAGUAAGGCAUCUUGACGAUUGAGGGGAAAACCCCUGCAAUUAACUGGAGGCAGUGUUUCUUCAUGACCUCCAUGUUGAUGUUGUCAGCAGCCUCCAGCAUCGGCAGAACGUUUUCCUUGUGAAUAUCUUUCUCCAGUCUGGCCUUGGAGUGACAGUGGAGCUGAAGAUUGCGAAAUCCAAAGAAAUUGGGGGCCGAGAAGAUGUAGAGGCAGUCUUCGGACGGCAUGUGUACGUCACCGUAGUACACAAACUUGAGGAGCGAGUUGAAGGCUUGGAGAGUGGGGGGAGUCUUUCCGAACGUGAUGUCGACUCUGCGACUCUCUGGCAUGAAGGAGCGGAAGAAGGCCUCGAAGUAAGAGCAGCGAGCGGCGAGAAUAGGGAUGUGGGCAGGCACGGAGUGCUGGUCAACCUGCAGGACAACAUCAGUGAACGGGCGUCCGAUGUCGCUCAGUAGGAAGGCCUCGAGAUCGUCUUGCAGCGAGGAUGGGACUCUGUCUUCCAGCUCCGAGUGGAGAUCGGGCGAGGUCGGGCGCGAGCGGAACUGCUGCCGACGAAUUAUCUGAACCAUGACGGAGCGAUCGAGUUUCUCGAACGAAGAGCUCAUGAUAACCUUACGGUAGUUCGAGUCUCGCACUAUGAACCGCAUGCAGAAUUCCCUCAUUCGAGCCAGCUUCAGCUCGGACGCACUGCACAGGACCAGCAGCACGUUCUCGAGAUUGAUGGAGGCCUCGAUGUACUGCAUGCUGAGGAGCUCCAGUCUCUUGGUCUGGAAGAGAAGCGCCAACUUGUACACCUCCAUCAUCAGUAGCAUCUGCUGAGCCGUCAUCCCGUCUCCCGAGUUGUUCUCCAGGUGAGGGUGGAUGCAGUCUGUGUACAUGGAGAAGAGAGCCAUGUUGAACGCCUCGGCGCUCACCUCCGGCAGGGGAACCUCUAGCGGGUGGGUGUUCUGUGUGAACUGGGGGUGAUCCCGAGGUGGCGUAGAGGUCUGCUGCUGUCGGUAGAUCUCAAUGAUCUUGUGCCGGAGGUAGGGCGAGCGAGAGGCGACAACCGCCGCGUGGGCCUUUAUGAUGACAGUCGGCGAGCUGAGGAGGAAGUGGACGUCACAAAACUGCUCCGUUCUGAGGAGACGGGCAAAGUCUUCGACGAGCGUGCACUUUGGGAAUUGGGAGAAAGAGAAGCAGAAUAGAUCCCCGCUGCGACUGGAGACUGAGUCGAUCGUCCCUCCGAACACAUAGAGACAGUUGCCCCAGACUGCGGCAGAGUGGAAGACUCUCCCACAGGGGGUCUCGCUCCCCUCGGCCGGCUGGAUUACACUCCACAUCCGAGAGUUUACGUCGAAGCAGUGUACCUCGUUGUCGAGGAUACCAUCCGCCGCGCCACCAAAGACAUAG